ACUUAUCCGACUUAUCCGCGACUUAUCUGUGCUUCUCGGCGGCGCAUCGCUCGUAAAGGAAAAGCGGAAAAAGCGCCCUGUCAUCCCAUCUCGCUUCCACUAUGUUCGUUCCUUUACAAGCUUACAAAGACAAGUCAUGGCAGGAAUACGUGCUGGUAUUUCCCGUGGUGUCGGUGGGGAACGCGGCCCAGUUGGCCGUCGACUUGCUCCUGUCAACGCUGGAGACAGAGCUCGUCGGCUACAUCCACUCCACUGCCCUGCUACCGCUGGUUGGGGGAAAUCCGUACAGAGUCGGCGAUCAGAGACUCGCUACAGCGUGCCAAGUGUACGUGUGCCACGGCAGCAAGCUCUUGCUGGUCCAACAGAGGACACCGGUGUCACCGAACUCGAGGACCGAGUACCGCCAGUUCCUGACCGACUGGAUGAAGCAGGAACGCUUUCGACUGGUGGUCAUGCUUUCCAGCUGCCUCUCGCAGUACACCGACCCGUCGGACUUGCCAAAGUACUCUGUGCACUACUACUGUUCCCCGGCAGUGACUCAGCAGGUGCAGGGAGACUUGGGUGCCCUCUGCUGGAAUAAGCUGGAAAAGCAAGAUCCCGUCACUCACGAACAGAGCUCUCACGGUGUGCUGCUCAUGCCAGGGUCGGGCAUUACUCGCUCCCUUCUCGAAAAAUGCGUGUCAGACGAGAUUCCCGUGGUGCUUCUGCUGGUGUACUGCUCGGAAGGCGACAACACUCCAGACGCCAUCUUGCUUGCCGAUCGAUUGGACGAAUGGCUGCACCUCUGCCAGCCGCUCAAGGACGGAGAGGAACGCUGUGGCCGCACAGGUCCCUGGCAGACGCCCAUCUCAUGGAGCCUGCUGUUUGGCAACACUCCUCCGACAGGAAUCUACUAGCAGACGUCGGGUCGGAUUGGUGUUGCCACGAGACGAGAGCGGCCGUCACGGGACCACGGGGAAGUCUGGUCGUCCCGAGCCGGAACGGAGCCGGGCUCGCGCCGGAAUAGGCGGUGCACCGGCCGGCCCUACCCCUCACAUGUAGGUGCUCUGGAAGGUCUGCCAGUCAAUCCGCGGGACGUUUGGACUGGCCUCGUAGUCCGCCAGCGGUUUCGGAGGCUCCUCGUCGGAGGAACACGCACUCGAGUCGGCGCGCAUCACUGGCUCGUCGAAAACUGGAUCGUGCAGCGUCACGUCAAACUCCUGCCUGCGUUUGUUGACACGAGAGACGGAAGUUGCGAAGUUGGUCCACACACCUGCAACUGCUUACGACUGGCACCUCAAAACUUCUCGGGACCUCUUGCGAUGAGAGAAUGCACUAGUGCUGUCUGUCAGGCAGCCGCGAAACACACUCAAUUUCCGUACAUUUCCUGGUCGCUGUUUUUUUGUGCAUCAUUCAGUCAUUGUUGUCUCAACAAGCUUUUGACGACGUCGUAAACCAUAGUUUCUCGUAGAUGGUGUGUACGUCUGAUCUCACAAGUACCGCAAAAACCUUUGCUCUAGGGAAAUGCAGCUCCAGGUCCACCUCAGAAACGCUGCCAGCAUGCCAGUGCAUUCUCCUCUUGCCGUAAAAUAUUGCGAGAGGUCGUAAUUAGGUAUGCCGCGAACUUUCAUGAAACUUCGAAGUUCGACUGGUUCGGCGAACCCUUGAACUUUUGGCAAGGUGGCAAAGUUGGACACAUGGACAGUGUUGCCCAGCUUCCACACAAAGAUUUCAAAUCUAAGGGAAAGAAAUAAUUUAGAAAGUAGUUUAUCUUAUAAUUUAUACAAUGAUUAGCUAUGUUUACAUGAUAUGAAAGCAAAAAUGAGUACUUUUAACACUUUCGUUAGUUAGUAAUGUGAACCAGCGCUGCAAUACACCCACCAAAUAUUGCACUUUUCCUCCGCCAGGUGGUGUCGGCUCGUUUCUUUCCAUUUUCGCGCAUGCACAAAAAAGUUCGCUUUUGGUCUAACCUUUGUACAACAUCACGUUGAAAGUUUGAAAAUGUUGAACUUGGUCGAACUCGGACCUGGGCAGGUUCGCGACAUCCCUAGUCAUUAUGUGCUCGGUCGUUACCCGAGCCUGAAUGUUACGGCGUGGUGAGGGUAAGUUGCAGAUCUGUCAUCAUUGUGGUGUUAUGGGACAGGUGUCAGGAAGAGACUAGUUCUAAGCAUGACCCAUUAAGUGCACCGCGAUUAACGGACGCUAUACUACGACCUGUCGGCUCUGGAAGUUCGAGGAGUCGGAUUGACUCGCAUACAAUAAAAGUGGAGACUGCUCAA